UACAAUUCAUUUAUUUUUGACAAUGCAGUCUGUGAAAUUGUUUAAGUCAACUUUAUUUUGUGGACAAUGGAGAAGUCAGCUUUCCAAAAUUCCGAUGCAGUAGCAUUGUAUCCUUUUCCCUGCCUAUCUAAACUUCUUACCGCCUGUCUAGAAUAGAAGUUACUCAUUUACGACAUCUAGCGAACAACUACACAACUGCGGAAUGUCCGUAAAUAACGAAAGGUUAUUCACGUUGCAUAAACAAAGAUCCCUUUGCACUAAUACUAUAAGUCUCCGUGAUCCAAUUGUAAAGCAAGAAAAAAUAUCUAAAGUCUGUUUGUUUGUUUGUUUGUUUAUUUAUUUGCUUGUUAAUUUGCUUUAAUAUGACUGCACAUUGACAUCUCGUCAUAAGAAAUGGAACACACCUUCCCUUUGACGUCCAUAUCCGAAACUGGGCCAAACUAUCGACCUUUAACGUUAACCCUUAGUUAGUUUUUAGCCGAUAGCAAGACGACCUGUUGCUAUUGGUAAAAUCUUGUGCCUAGGCUCUGCGAUCCUCUCAUUGUGAUGUCAGGAAAACAUAAGCUGAGGCGGAUUAAUAACGAAGCAACGGAUAUAAUCUGUAAUGCCAAGAAGAGACAGCCGGACACUGCAGCUGGCAAGUUUUCUACUGGAAAGGGGCACAAUGGAGCUUCAGUUUGAGGCGCAUUAAGAAAACCAUAGCGCCGUGACAGCGGUGUGUUCUCGACAUGGCGGUCGGCUACAUUAUCGGCAGGUGUAGAAGAUGGAGCCGUCUUCCUCGCCUGCAUUGGCGCUCUACAGUCUGGAUGUACACCUGUACCGUUGUGAUAGCGUUUUUCCUAAGCGUAUUGAACUGUAUCUUCAACCCAAACGGACUCCUGAACAUCGGACGAGACACGAACCGACGAGACCAUCCCUGCUGGGUCUUCUCGCUUCUCUUAUCGUCUAAAUGUUCUUGCAGCUGUGACGAGUCUGUCGCAAAGUUUCCUUUUGAAGUAGAUGAUCUAGAAAAUAAUUUUGACACGAUAGACACUGAAGAGCUUGAACUGAAGCAAACAAAGGUUUUCUCUGUGAUAGAGAAGAUAUUCAGACGAACUGGAAACUCCAUGGCGGCAAAAAUUAGAACAAUGGACGUCCACACCAUCAGUGAAAUCCUGUCAAGAAAGACUGAGGAAGGCUCAAUGACUGAAGAACAGAGAGAACUGUUGUUCCGAGCCUUUGAGAAGUACAGUAAAAUGGAUAUAACUCUUAAAAAUAGGCAUCGGGAAAGGAAGACAGGAAUUCGGAAAAAUAAGAGGGCUGUAGAUGACACAAGUGUUGUAAAAGACACCCCGGUGUUGAUGUACCAGGACGAGAGUGGAAACCAACAAUCUGUUUCUUUUAGGUCUCAAAUUAUAACUUUCCGACAAUCUUAUAACCUCACAGCAGUGAACGAACCUUUGCGAAUAUGGGCGCCAAACGUGAUAUACAGGGAUUUCAUCAGACAACAGUUACAGGAGUGUUGCACGGCACGUAACAACAUGGUGGCCACACAGUCUAACGUCGCCCCCGGCACUACGUUUGGAUGGACCUCUCACCCGGUACCCGACUUGUCUUACACCGUCACUAAAAACUUCUACAGUGCCUUUCCAGCGACUUCGCCGUUCCCUAGCGCGCCAUUCCGGACAUGCGCAGUUGUAGGUAACAGCGGUGUUCUGCACAGGAGCAACUGUGGGAGACAGAUUGACAGCGCUGACUACGUUUUUAGAAUAAACUGGCCUCCGACGAGGGGGAAAGAGGCACAUGUGCAGGACGUUGGGUCGAAAAGAAACCUCACUACUGCCACCUUCCAUCAAGUGAAAAGGUUUCAGAAACAUUCGCAAAAGAAAGAGGUGCUGGAGAUGCUGGAAUCCCUUUACGGCUUGUUGUUCAUUAGAAAACCGACAGGUUACCUCCUAGCGGUAAACCAGGUACUGCAGGAUGCGGGGCGACCACUCAGACUUGUUUACCAGAAUCCCCCGCACUACAUUUCUGUCAACGAUUACUGGAAUACACAUGGUCUGCAUCAUAUAACCAUAACAACAGGUCUGUACCUAAUAUCGUCAGCGCUCACGUUGUGUGAGGAAGUCACUGUCUAUGGGUUCUGGCCAUUUCCAUUCACAGAAUUCGGUAAAAAGGUGCCGUUUCACUACUGGGUGGGCCACAUCUUCCUCCCACCGAGGGAGCGCGGCGUGGUGUACGACAUGGCCGCCGAGUUCAUGCAGAUCCGGGAGCUGCACAGGAAAGGCGUGGUCAGAGUCGUCACGGACAAGUGCAAACAGUGACGGAGACAUUGCCGGAAGGGCUGUGGAGUAUUGGUGGUGGAUUACGUUAGAAGUCACUUUUUUGAGAUUUAGAAAUAUUGACAGAACAGGUGGCUAUGACUUUUUCAGAUGGUCAACUGAUAGUAGAGUGUUAUACUCACGCCGGAUUGACACCUCCUCAUUUUCAAGGGCGUAGAAUGAGGAAAGAGGUGUGACGUGCCUUUUUUCCGGAGGAAAGAGUGUGACGUCCACAACACCGGGCAUUGCCUUUGAUUCGAACCCAGAACCUUCAACUACAAGAUUAUAUUGCCACUCCCCCAUCCACAAUAUCACCUCACCACCUAUCUGCUAUAUCUGCCAAGGGUUUAAAAGGAUAGUAUUAUGGAUAAAUUUGCGCAGUGUGUAUUCAGACAACGUCAUUGGUGUUUCUGCCGCCAUGUUGGGGUCCUUCAUCAGCAUAAUUGUCACAUUGAAGUGGGAUACCAACAUGGUCUAUUU